AAAACCCAUCUCCAUUCAUCAAACCAUUCCAUCCAUCUCUCACCACUCUAAUUAAAACUCUACAGCGCAACCAUGGCUUCCUCCUCCAACACCACUAAACUCCUCCUGCUCCUCAUUGCCACGGCGGCUGCCACGGCGGCGGCCCGGGACUUCUCCAUCGUGGGCUACUCCUCCGACGACCUCGCCUCCACGGACAAGCUGAUCGACCUGUUCGAGUCGUGGAUGGAGAAGCACUCCAAGAUCUACGAGUCCAUCGAGGAGAAGAUCCAGCGGUUCGAGAUCUUCAAGGACAACCUCUUCCACAUCGACGACACCAACAAGAAGGCUACCAACUACUGGCUGGGGCUCAACGAGUUCGCCGACCUCACCCACGACGAGUUCAAGAACAACUACCUCGGCCUCAGGCCGCCCCCAGUGACGGAGACCAGGGCAGACUCCGUCACAGGACACACCGAGGAGGUGGAGGGCGGCGGCAUUCCCAAGGCGGUGGACUGGAGGAAGAAGGGGGCGGUGACGGCCGUGAAGAAUCAAGGGUCGUGCGGCAGCUGCUGGGCGUUCUCCACCGUGGCGGCGGUGGAAGGGAUCAACCAGAUCGUGACGGGGAACCUGACGGCGCUGUCGGAGCAGGAGCUCAUCGACUGCGACACGGGUUACAACAGCGGAUGCAACGGCGGCCUCAUGGACUACGCUUUCUCCUACAUUGCGUCCAGCGGUGGGCUCCACAAGGAGGAGGAUUACCCUUACGUCAUGGAGGAAGGCACCUGCGAGAUGACCAAGGCGGCGGAUGCUGCGGUGGUGACGAUUACUGGGUACAAGGACGUGCCGGCGAACAACGAGCAGGCGCUGCUGAAGGCGCUGGCCGGCCAGCCGCUUAGCGUCGCCAUUGAUGCCUCCGGGAGGGACUUCCAGUUCUACAGUGGGGGUGUGUUCGAUGGGCACUGCGGGACGAGCUUGGACCACGGGGUGGCGGCGGUCGGGUACGGGUCGGGCGGGAAGGGCCUGGACUACGUGAUAGUGAAGAACUCGUGGGGGCCCAAAUGGGGAGAGAAAGGCUUUAUCCGGAUGAAGAGGAACACCGGCAAGCCCGAGGGGAUGUGUGGACUUUACAAGAUGGCUUCCUACCCAACCAAAUCCAAAUAAUAUGCCACUCAUCGUCUUUCCUUAAUCCACACUCCCCAUUUCGUGCUUUGUGCUUUUUUUUUUUUCCUUCUUGAAAAAUAAUUAAGGUUCACUUUAAUUUUAAUUCCAUCAUUUUCACUUCAGAUUGUUCUUACUUUGUAUCCAAUUAAUUACUGAAUUUCAGACGUGGCAGUAGUCACUGAUGUAAACUCAUGCCAUGCAUGCAUGAGUCAUGACAUGGAUGUGUACGUGCAUUGGAGUGUUCACAGCAUUAUUAAGCAAAGGGUUUAUGUGUUAAAUGGUUGUGUCAUUUUCCAACGCUGUUUUUUUUUUUUAAUAAUUUAUGUAUAAAAAAACAUGUCUAA